CUCUAUUCACUUGUCCACAAUUUCUCAUCAGAGUCUUCACUCACCAAGUUCCUCCGCGUUUACCGACGGUCCAGAGAGAGGCAUAUCGACCCGUUCCAUCCCUUGCAUGACCUUCACUCCCGACCUGCACGUGCUUGUUUGUGGAAACACCCAAAGCAUGGCCAGAGGCUCACGCUUUCAUCCUUUCGUUCCAGUCCGUCGCGUGCGCAUUAGAGACUUGGAUCUGCUCUAAUAAGCACCUUUUCAUGGCCCUCGUCAUUAGCUGCUACCACUAGCCUCGCUAUCACGUCGUGCUGACAUCUCAUAUCACAUCGACUGCACCAUGAAGUUUGGUCGCAACCUUCCCCGAAACCAGGUCCCUGAAUGGGCUUCAGCAUACAUCAACUACAAAGCGUUGAAGAAGCUGAUCAAAGCCGCCGCUGAGGGUGAAAAGCAGAAUGGAAGCCUCGAUCUUGCUGGAUUCUUCCAUACGCUGGAUCGUAACCUCGAAGAUGUAGACCAUUUCUACAACAAAAAGUUCCAGGACUUCUCACGUCGCUUGAAACUCCUGGAGGAACGCUACGGCGUCUCUGCCCAUGCCGCUGCACAACUCGACCAGGAUGAAAGAGAAGAUCUGCUGGCCGCGCUCUUAGAACUACGCGGUCAGCUGCGGAAACUACAAUGGUACGGAGAAGUGAACAGAAGAGGAUUUAUAAAGAUCACCAAAAAGUUGGACAAGAGGAUACCUGCAGCACAUGCGCAGAAGAGGUAUCUUGAACUCAAGGUCGAUCCUUCCGCAUUUGCAACCAAUGCACAACUGUUCGCUUCGCUAAACAGAAUAAACGAUUGGCUAUCUAUCCUCAACGAUAUCGCCGCCUCCACCAACAACGACGACGUUGCUUCCAUCUCUUCGGCCUCCCUCAAACGCACAACCUCGCGUCCAUCGUUGAACAUUCCUACCGAGCAGCUGGCACAGGUCGAGGCCAAGAUUCGUCAAGACGAUGCGAAACGACUGCAAGAAUGGCUACAGACCGUCAGUCCCGGUGCGGACACUUCGGAACCAACGCUGCAACAGCUUUACAAGACUCUGCUGCAAAGAGCCAUAUCUAGCCGUAGUCGGGCAUGCACGGCAUAUCUGUUGGGCGAGAUUGUCUUUCUGGAUGAGCAAGACGACAUAAAUCGACGUAAUUGCAUCCAUCGACUAGUCAUUUCGAUCGGCCGAAAGCAGGCCAAUGCUGACCAGGGUCCGGCUGCUGAAUCCUUCCCUGACCCGGAAACAGAGCUGUACAACUUCAUCACUCCUGCUACAGCUCCUUCAGUGCCGUUCAAACGCUCGGUGGUGCAGGACGAUCAGCGAGCUCGGAUUCUCACUCAUGAAGACGAACCAAUUUCUUUUCUACAGUUUCUUCUCGACAACCUGCAGCCUGUUCAGCGAUCUGCCCUGUUGUCCAGGGAUACUUCUGGACGCACUUCACUGCAUUUCGCCGCGGAGUAUGGUGUGAGGGUGAUGUGUGAGAUCAUCAUUGAGCAUCUCAAAGCCUGGAAAUUGUUUGAUGUCUCCGAGGGUAUUGAUGGACCGGAGUGGCAGGACAAUGAAGGUUGGGCACCAUUGCAUCUCAGUGCCAUUGGUGGUCAUCCUUUAACGACUCAAGCACUCCUUGCUGCGGAGGAAAGUGUGGCUACCAAUUCCAGCAUUCGUCGAAAAUCUGAAAAGUCGUCCGCAGUGUUGGCUCUGGCCACAAAAGCAAACUUCAUCGACAUUGUCCGUCUUUUGGUCAAUGCAGGGGUGGAUGUUAAUUAUCAGGACGAACAGGGCGAUACCGCGCUUCACGUCGCCGCUAGAUUCGGCCGCGUUGAAUGUGCGAAACUGCUUCUUGAAGGUUCUGACAUUCAGAAAGCGAAUACGGAACUUUGUGAAAGCACAUAUGGUUGGACACCUUUGUUCAUCUCCUGUGUAGAUGGCCAUCUUCCUAUUGUGGAAUUGCUUAUCGAACAUGGAGCUGACCUCGAAAAGCUCGACUCUUCGGGUUGGAAUGCAAAGGAGCACGCUGCUCUGAGGGGUCAUGUUGACAUUGCUCAAAGACUCGCGAGCAUUAUGCCAGACCUUGACGCAGACUCCGACUCUUCCGUCAUGUCAACCUCUCCACCAUCAGUCUCUUCGUCUCUGGCCGAGCGAAACUCGAAUGGCAUCGGAUCUCAAGUGCAGACAGUCAAAAUCAGUGAACCUGUCAAGACCUUUGGUCAUCGUUAUCUAACGGACAGAAGCAUGAUUUUGGUCAGCCUGGGUACAAUGGAUACACGAAAGAAUACCCGUCCCGUCCAUCUCGACAGAAUCCCAAUGGCGAAUGUGCAUACUACACAGCUGGACACCGCACUGUCCAUUGUGGUGUCUGCCAAGGGCGCAGAAGGCGAAGCAGAGGUCAUUGAUCUUCCCGUCCAUGAUAACAUCUCGACGGAACCGAUAGUUUUCCAUGCCUCAGAUCCGUCUAGCGUCAAAAUACUCUUUGAUCUUAUCCCAACAUACGCUGGAUCGAGGGAGCGUAUUGUCGGAAGAGGUGUUGCACUUCUCUCGACCAUCAAGGCAAGCCUAGGGACGAAGAGAAUGCCCUUACAGGGCGAUGUCACAGUUCCAAUUAUUGCAGCUAGCGACCUCGAAGUCAUCGGCUCGGUGACCUUCAAUUUCUUGGUCAUCACACCUUUCCAACAUCCAAAUAUGUCUAUCACAGAAAAUCAGACGUACUGGAAAAGUAUGUCAUCGACCAUGGUCAUCGGUCACCGUGGACUUGGAAAGAACUUCGGUGCUGGCAGACGGUCAUUGCAGCUCGGCGAAAACACCAUUCAAUCCUUUAUUGCUGCCGCCAACCUGGGAGCUUCAUACGUCGAAUUUGAUGUACAACUCACGAAAGAUCAUGUCCCGGUCAUCUACCAUGACUUCUUAGUCAGCGAAACAGGCAUUGACGCUCCUGUGCACACCCUCACUCUCGAACAAUUCCUGCAUGUUAAUGACAUGCGCACGCCCCGUCACUCGCGGCCAGCCUCACCAGUGCCGUUUGAAAACCCCAAAGUCGGCCACCUGAAGAACAGCGAGUCGAGAUCAUCAAGAGUUCGAUCAAUGUCUCUUGGUGGCAAUGACAUCACUGAAUCAGUCGACAUGGAUGAGCGCAUGAAGCAUACCAGAGACUUCAAGAAGAAAGGGUUCAAGGGCAAUAGCCGUGGUAAUCACAUUCAAGCGCCAUUCGCCACGCUGGAAGAGAUGUUCAUCAAACUGCCAUCAAACGUUGGCUUCAACAUAGAGAUGAAAUAUCCCAUGCUUUCUGAGAGUGAGGAAGAAGAGAUGGAUACCUAUGCGGUUGAGCUCAACUCGUUCGUCGACACAGUCCUGGCCAAGGUCUAUGACCUCGGCAAAGGCCGCAACAUCAUCUUCUCGUCAUUUAAUCCGGAUAUAUGUCUCUUGCUCUCGUUCAAGCAGCCAAGUAUCCCGGUCUUGUUCUUGACAGAUGCGGGCACGUCACCGAUUGCAGACAUUCGCGGGACCAGCCUCCAGGAAGCCGUUCGCUUCGCAAGUCGGUGGAAUCUACUGGGCGUAGUGAGUGCAGCGGAGCCACUCGUGGCUGCGCCCAGACUUGUUCGCGUCGUCAAGGAGAGUGGUCUGGUCUGCGUCAGCUAUGGUACACUCAACAACGACUCGGCCAAGGUCAAGUUGCAGGUCAAGCAGGGUAUCGACGCGGUGAUUGUCGACAGUGUGCUUGCCAUUCGACGUGGGUUGACCGGAGAAGAUAAGUCGUCGAAGAAGGAGACUCAAGCGAAUGGAGGGAGUAGGGAAGCGGUCAGUGGGCAAUUGGAAAAGAGCUUGAUGGGAAGUACUGAGAGUUUGGAGAUCCCGGUCAUUUCCAAGACGGCGGAGCCCGAAGAUAUUAAGCUCGAGGUUCCUCAACGGAAUAGGAUGGUCAAUGGGACCGCUUAGGAUCGUGCGGUAAGGUUGGGCCAAGGAAGAAUGCAGUGUGGAUGUACACAUCGUCAACCGAUGGUACAUAAAGAUGUCAGAGUGUGAAUACUGAAUUGUAUAGAGAUAGACUCAUGGGGCCAGUUAGACC